UUACACUUCCUUCGUCGCCCCCCUUUCAGAUAGCACAAAAAAUAUAAGAUAAUUAUAAUAUAUAUAUAUAUAUAUAUCGCUGAAAAAAUCUACGACAUUUUCAAGUCGCUCCACGAGACAUUGUGAGCUUCCGAUUCGGAAGAGCUUCUCUGGAACCAAAAGAACUUUUGGAAUCGAAAGGACACACUCUUUGUCUAUCCUUACCAUUUUCGUUAGGUGUUUUCAAAUCAUUAUCCCAUUGAUUCGUAUACAAAGCAAAAGGGUAUCUGUCUCGUCUGUGUAGUGGACACAGAUCAUUGGAAAUGCAGGCCGGCCAGCGAUUUUCCUGGGUUCUGGAGCCGAUCGGAAAAUCGCCGGCGAUUUGAUGGAAUCGGAACUCUUGGAGUUGGAGUUGGAGUUGGAGUUUGAGUUUUCGCUGUUGUUUUUUCAUGGAGGUAAUGGUUCGGUGUAGUCCAUGUAAAGUACCCAGGUUCCGAACUAAGCUUCACUUCGCCGUCGCUGUCGUUGUUUUCGAGAUUGUAUUGAUCUUGGUGCUGUUGGAAGCUACUGAUGGAAAAUCUCUAGAGCAUCAAUUGCAAUGGCAAGGUCCAAAAGGGGAAAGUAACAGCAACAUUGUUUCACACUCUUGCAUCCAUGACCAGAUAAUCGAACAAAGGAGGCGACCUGGGCGCAAGGUGUAUUCUGUUACCCCGCAACUUUAUAAGGAGUCUGAUAUCUCAAGACAGCUUCACCGCAAAGGUAGGGCAUUGCUUGGAGUCUCCAAAUUUCUGGACCAGCAAAAGGAUGCAAAGCAGCCUAUUAGAAUAUAUUUAAAUUAUGAUGCUGUUGGUCACUCGCCUGAAAGAGAUUGUCGACGCGUUGGAGACAUUGUGAAGGUUGGCGAGCCUCCCUUGACCACUCUUACUGGUGCUCCUCCUUGCAAUCCUCAUGGUGAUCCUCCAAUUUUUGGUGACUGCUGGUAUAACUGCACAUUGGAUGAUAUCUCUGGGGAGGAUAAAAGGUCUCGCCUUCGCAAGGCUUUGGGUCAGACAGCAGACUGGUUCAUGAGAGCCCUCUCUGUGGAGCCUGUGAAAGGAAACUUGCGGUUAAGUGGAUAUUCUGCAUGUGGACAAGAUGGAGGAGUACAACUUCCACGCGAAUAUGUUGAAGAUGGUGUAGCUGAUGCUGACUUGGUUCUCUUGGUCACGACAAGACCUACGACUGGCAACACUCUUGCGUGGGCAGUGGCAUGUGAGCGCGAUCAAUGGGGCCGUGCAAUUGCUGGUCACGUAAAUGUUGCUCCUCGCCAUUUGACAGCUGAAGCCGAGUCUUUACUUUCAGCUACUCUCAUACACGAGGUUAUGCACGUCCUCGGUUUUGAUCCCCAUGCCUUUGCUCAUUUUCGAGAUGGGAGGAAAAGACGGCGUAGUCAGGUUACAGAGCAAGUUAUGGAUGAAAAGCUUGGGCGUAUAGUGACACGCGUGGUGCUUCCACGUGUUGUCAUGCACUCGCGUUAUCAUUAUGGGGCAUUCUCUGAGAACUUUACUGGGUUAGAGCUAGAAGAUGGAGGAGGACGCGGCACAUCAGGAUCUCAUUGGGAAAAAAGACUUCUGAUGAAUGAAAUUAUGACGGGUUCAGUCGAUACAAGAUCAGUAGUUUCAAAAAUGACGCUUGCUUUGCUAGAAGAUAGUGGAUGGUACCAGGCUAAUUAUAGCAUGGCAGAUCGUCUUGAUUGGGGUCGCAACCAGGGAACUGAAUUUGUAACCCUGCCCUGCAAUCUCUGGAAGGGGGCAUACCGUUGCAACACAACCCAGUCGUCGGGCUGUACAUAUAACAGGGAGGCAGAGGGUUACUGUCCAAUUAUAAGUUACAGUGGAGACCUCCCUCAGUGGGCUCGUUAUUUUCCACAGGCUAACAAAGGUGGGCAGUCAUCAUUGGCCGAUUACUGUACAUACUUUGUAGCCUACUCUGAUGGAUCAUGUACAGACACCAACAGUGCACGAGCACCAGACAGAAUGUUGGGUGAAGUGCGAGGGAGUAGCUCCAGGUGUAUGGCCUCAUCAUUAGUACGUACAGGGUUUGUACGAGGUUCCAUGAGCCAAGGAAAUGGUUGUUAUCAACACAGGUGCAUUAAUAACUCUCUAGAGGUUGCUGUUGAUGGUAUGUGGAAAGUAUGUCCUGAAGGUGGUGGACCAAUUCAGUUUGCUGGCUUUAAUGGUGAAUUGAUGUGCCCUGCAUACCAUGAUCUCUGUAGCACUGGACCAGUUCUCGGUUCAGGACAUUGUCCCAAUUCUUGUCAUUUCAGUGGAGACUGUGUUGAUGGAAGGUGCCAUUGCUUUCUAGGAUUUCAUGGUCAUGACUGUAGCAAACGCUCUUGCCCCAGCAAUUGUAAUGGAUAUGGCAAAUGUCUCUCUAAUGGGCUUUGUGAAUGCGAUAAAGGGUACACUGGUGUUGACUGCUCCACUGCAAUUUGCGAUGAACAGUGCAGCCUUCAUGGAGGUGUCUGUGAUAAUGGAGUGUGUGAAUUCCGUUGUUCAGACUAUGCAGGCUACACAUGCCAGAACAGCUCGAUGUUGUCCUCUAGCCUGUUAGUUUGCAAAAAUGUGCUGGAAAGUGAUAUGUCUGGGAAGCACUGUGCACCCAGUGAACCAAGCAUACUCCAGCAACUGGAAGAAGUAGUUGUCAUGCCCAACUACCACCGUUUGUUCCCAGGUGGUGCCAGGAAGUUAUUUAAUUUCUUUAGCAGCAGCUACUGUGAUGCAGCAGCUAAGCACCUAGCCUGUUGGAUCUCGAUCCAGAAGUGCGACAAGGAUGGUGACAACAGGCUUCGGGUUUGCCAUUCGGCAUGCCAGUCGUAUAAUUUAGCUUGUGGAGCUUCACUUGACUGCUCAGACCAAACCCUUUUCAGCAGCAAGGAGGAAGCUGAGGGGCAAUGCACGGGCUCUAGUGAAAUGAAACUCUCGUUGCCCAAUCGGCUGCUGAGCAUCUUCUAUUUAAGUAAUAGUUCCUGGAAGGGAAUGUCUGUAAAAAGUAGGCGGCUUUAAUGGUUUUUUCUUUCCUUUUCUUUUUGGAGGGGGUUGGGAGAGGGAGGUGGGUGUUAAUCUUUUUCCAAUAUUGGCUUGUAAUUUUCUAGGGCUUAUUGUAGGCUAAAUGGCCUUUGUGAUUCAUGAGCCGUUGAUGUAAGGUUGCCUUCUUGAAGUCGAGUAGGUAGUUAGGUUAACUGAGUUUCGGCUUUCGAAUCGAUUCGAAAGCCGGUUUGUAGAAAAUGCUGUGAAAAAAUUCAAAAGGAAAAUGAAGAUAGCUCCGGCCGAAGGCCUUGAAAGUAAA